AUGCCUAGCGGCCAUUUAAGACGGUAUCGCGAAAUCGCUCCUUCUAUUCCUACACCAUCAAAUAUUGAUCUAAAUGGGACAUAUUCAUGGCACAAUUACUUAGAAGAUACGGUUAAUCCGCCAUCUAAAAAACCUAGGGAUGAUAUUUACUGUUCCGAAAAUGUUGUUCCUGUAGAUACGUUUUACCAGGCUCCUUUGGCUCAGCUAAUGCAGUGUAUUGAUGCAAACGUCGAGGCAAGUAAUAUGGGGAAGGCGUUUACAAAACCUUUGUAUUGGUUUGCUCGCGUCAAAAAGGUGGCAGGUUAUCGGCUGCUUUUAAGGUACGAAGGUAUGGAUCAAAGCGGUGACGAAGUAAAUGAUUUUUGGGUUCAUAUUGCUUCAUCAGAGAUUCAGCGAGUUGGGUUCUGCUGUGAUGAAGGUGAAGGCGUUUUAGUUCCGCCAGAAAGCAUUGUUGAUAGGCAUUCCGAUUGGAAGGAAUACGUUCUCUGCAGCAUUCACGGAUUUCGCACUCUGCCAUUACGCUGGGAGGAAUACAGAGAAAAAAACAUUGUGCGGUGCAAGUUCAAGAAGGGAGAACGUGUGGAACUACUUGAUGCUUUGGUAUCAAUGAGAGUCCGUCCCGCAUUAAUUGAUGACAUUAUUGGUGAUAGAGUUUUUGUGAAACUGAACAAGGCCGAUCUGACUGGAUGUGGUAUAUUUGGUGACGGGAAAGAAGAAGAUGACCCUCAGAUCAGCGGAGUUUGGAUGGAUCAGGAUUCUCCUCUUCUGUUCUACGUCGGUUGGAGUAUCAAAGUUGGCUACACACUCUUAGCAAAUGAAAGUUAUGUGAAGCAUGCAACGAAUGUUGCUAAUGCACUGAAAGCUGUUAGACUGAAUUUUGAAGUGUUCAAGGGAGACAGUACUUUGCCGCUUGCUGACUGUGAUGCCGCCCCGAAUCUUUUCAAGUUAUAUAAGGACAAUAUGGAAGAUGACGAUUGCAAGGGAAACACAUUUACAGAGUGGAAAAAGGAUAUGAAGCUAGAAGUACUUGAUCCUUUAGAUAACUGGAAAGAACUGCGAGUCGGGACUGUAAUGGAACUUUUAGAUGAUGGAUAUCUGAAGAUAGGGUUUGAUGGCGGGGAUAUGGAGGAAGAUACUGUCCCUCUACAUUGUUCUUCACCGCUGCUUUUUCCUGCAGGAUACGCUGAACGGUUUGGAAUUAAACUGAAACAUGCGAACAUUGAUAAAUUCGAGUGGAAAACUUAUCUUAAGAACCAGAAAGCUACUGCCGCUCCUGAGGGACUUUUUGAAAAUAUAGAAAAGUUAGAGGAGAUCAACCAUUUUCAGGUAGGUGCGAAGUUAGAAGCCGUGGAUUUGUGUGAGCCGUUCCUCAUCUGUGUUGCAACUGUUGUUGCACGCAAAGGUCGUCUUCUUAAAAUAAAAUAUGACGGAUGGGAUGAUUCUUACGAUCAGUAUUUCGACUUCCGGUCUAAUAAUAUUUAUCCGCUGGGAUGGUGCGAAAUGUACGGGCAUAAAUUGGCAGCUCCGAAGAUUGAAGUGAGGAAGAAGGCGAAGUCAAAACGAUGA